AUGGUAUCCGAGAGCGAUUACGCGAACGCUGUCAACGUGUGGCAACGGUUCGCCAUUCGAACGUUAGGCGAGUACAGCGACCUAUAUCUAAAAGCGGAUGUUAUGUUGUUGGCCGACGUAUUUGAAAAUUUCCGCGAUAGCUGCAUAAAGAGUUACGGUCUUGAUCCCGCAUACUAUUACACUUUGCCCGGUUUUACGUGGGACGCAAUGCUCAAGCAUACGCGUAUAAAUUUUGAAUUGUUAACUGAUAUCGACAUGGUCAUGUUCAUAGAACGCGGUAUACGCGGCGGCCUAAGUCAGUGUUCGCACAGGUACGCGCAAACCAACAAUAAGUACAUGCAGUCGUAUGAUCCAUCGAAACCUUCAUCUUACCUAAUGUACUUUGAUGUUAAUAACUUGUACGGCUGGGCAAUGUGUCAACCACUGCCCUAUGCCGAUUUUCGAUGGGUCAACGACAUUUCCAAUUUCAACGUAAACGUGAUUGCUCCGGAUUCGCCAAAAGGGUACGUACUCGAAGUUGAUCUCGAGUAUCCGUGGCAUCUCCAUGACGCGCACGCUGACCUGCCGUUCUGUCCGACGCGCGAUAAGCCGCCAGGCAAACGGCAGGAUAAGUUGCUCGCAACUUUAUACGACAAGAAGCGGUACGUCAUCCAUUACCGCAACUUGCAACAGUGUACGCAUCACGGUCUUCGCGUCACAAAAAUCCAUCGCGUAUUAGAAUUCGCGCAAUCUCCAUGGCUCCGCGAUUAUAUUGAACUAAAUACACGAUUUAGAACGGCCGCUACCAACGAUUUCGAGAAAAAUUUAUACAAAUUAAUGAACAACGCGGUAUUUGGAAAAACAAUGGAGAACGUGCGCAAUCACGUAGAUGUUAAACUUGUAACGAAAUGGAACGGACGAUACGGCGCAGAGGCAAUGAUCGCGAAACCCAAUUUUCAUAGUCGCAGCAUCUUUUCAUCAAACCUGGUCGCGAUCGAGAUGCGUAAGCUCGAGGUGAAAUUCAACAAACCGAUCUACGUAGGUAUGUGCAUCCUCGACAUAUCCAAGGUCUGUUUGUACGAGUUUCACCACGAGUACAUGUUACCGUUAUAUCACGACAAAUGCAAGAUCAUGUACACGGAUACCGAUAGUUUAAUUUAUCAUAUUGAGUGCGAGAACGUGUACGAACAAAUGAAACGCGACAUUGCGAGAUUCGAUACAAGUGAUUACGCGUCCGACAACAUUUAUGGAAUACCGCUCAUGAAUAAAAAGAUACCAGGUCUUAUGAAAGAUGAGAACAACGGCGCGAUAAUGACGGAAUUCGUGGGGCUCAGAGCGAAAAUGUACGCUUUGAAAGUAGACGGCAAAAAGGAUACCAAAAAGGCGAAAGGUGUUAAGAGUAACGUAGUCGCACGAAAAAUAACUUUUGAUGAUUACGUGCAGUGUUUGAGGGAAAAGAUUGAAAUGAGUCGAGAUCAGUCUCGUAUAACAUCGCAGCUGCACAAAGUGUACACCGUUCGCGAGACGAAAAUCGCUCUGAGUCCGUACGACGAUAAGCGCUACAUCGUACCCGAUUCCACGAACACGCUACCGUGGGGGCAUUUGCGGAUACUAUUGUAA